CUUGAGGAACAGAAGAGCAGCAAUUACCCAACAGCAAGAAUGUCCACUCUCAACUCAGAGAAUGCCUCCACGCUGGAGAACGCCAUGCAGCUCAUGAUCCAGACGUUCCACAAGUAUUCUGGGAAUGAAGGAGACAAAUAUACUCUGAGUAAGGCGGAACUCAAAGAGAUGCUCAUGCAGGAACUGGGCAGCUAUCUUGGGAAUGCACAGGAUAAGGAUGCAGUAGAUAAAGUUAUGGGAGACCUGGAUUCAAACAAUGAUGGUGAGGUGGACUUCACAGAGUUCGUCAUCCUGGUGGGUGCCCUCACCGUCGCCUGUAACGACUUCUUCCUUGAGUAUCACCAAAACGACGAAAAGAAGGGUGAAAAGAAGUAGAGAUCCAUUUCUUUGAACAAAAGCCAACACAUGACCAAUGAAUGCUGAUGAGGGGCGAUUAGGGCAGAAGGGGGAUAUGUGUGUGUGUGUAUGAACCCUGCUUACUGAUACAUCCACCUGCUGAAAACAGUUCUCUACAUCAUCACUGCAUCCAUAGAGUGCAUCUUUGGGUUUAUGAAAUGUGCCGUCAGGUGCAACAUGUUUUCAACCUCUGCAUUAGAAAUGAAAGCAUAUGAAAUUUGAUUUAAUUCAGCGAUGGUCUUUGUUGAAUAUGUGAAUAAUGUUUCCU